UUGACUUUUGUGGUGUAAGCGACUGGACUUCGUUGAAGACCAACUUGCUGAUGAUGAAUCCAGCAGAGUGAGUGAGAAACUGAGAGAGAGAGAGAGAGAUCGAUCUACAGAGAUUUCAAUUCUUUUAUAUGUAUACAUAAAUAAAUAAAUAUUAUAUAUUCAGCGAUCAAGUGCAUCGAUUUUUUAUUUUUUAUUUUUUUUUUUAAUGCAUUCGUUCUCAACCACUACUACGCGCUUAGAGAGAGAGAGAGAGAGAGAGGGAGAGAAAAGUCUUAAAAGAAAUCUCGGGAUUUGACCAAAGAAACUCCAUAGCCGAUCAUGAAAUUCAGAUCUACACGACACUAUCCAUUUCAAAUCUUCCAUUGAACUGAGCUUCAAUGGCGAAUCUCGUGGUUCUGGUGGUGGUGAUUUUGGGUCUGAUCAGUGGUGGGUAUUGCCAAGAAACGGCCCAAGAAGCUCCAUGGAGGAUCCACACGUUGUUCUCUGUGGAGUGCCAGAACUACUUCGACUGGCAGACUGUGGGACUCGUGCACAGCUUCAACAAGGCUCGACAACCCGGACCCAUUACCCGACUCCUCAGCUGUACCGAUGAGGAGAAGAAGAUUUACAAAGGCAUGGACUUGGCUCCCACUCUUGAGGUACCUUCCAUGAGCAGACACCCUAAAACUGGUGACUGGUAUCCGGCAAUCAACAAACCAGCUGGGGUUGUUCACUGGCUUAAACAUAGUAAAGAUGCACAAAAUGUCGAUUGGGUUGUGAUACUAGAUGCAGACAUGAUCAUGAGAGGCCCAAUCAUACCAUGGGAGAUUGGUGCAGAGAAAGGCAGACCUGUUGCUGCAUAUUAUGGAUACUUGAUUGGAUGUGAUAACAUUCUUGCUCAACUGCAUACAAAGCACCCUGAACUCUGUGACAAGGUUGGUGGACUUUUGGCCAUGCAUAUCGAUGAUCUUCGAGCUUUGGCACCCAUGUGGCUUUCUAAAACAGAGGAAGUAAGAGCAGAUAGAGCUCAUUGGGCGAAAAAUAUAACUGGUGACAUUUAUGAAAAAGGGUGGAUCAGUGAGAUGUAUGGAUACUCGUUUGGUGCAGCAGAGGUGGGUCUUCGUCACAAAAUUAAUGAUAACUUGAUGAUCUACCCAAGCUAUAUUCCACGAGACGGAGUUGAGCCUAUUCUUAUGCACUAUGGUUUGCCAUUUAGUGUUGGAAAUUGGUCAUUCAGUAAAUUAAGUCACCAUGAAGAUAGUAUUGUUUAUGAUUGUGGCCGGCUCUUCCCUGAACCUCCUUAUCCUAGAGAGGUAACAGCAAUGGAAGCUGAUCCAAACAAAAGAAGGGCAUUUUUAUUGAAUUUAGAAUGUAUUAACACUUUGAAUGAGGGUCUCCUGUUACAGCAUGCAGCACAUGGCUGCCCAAAGCCAAAAUGGUCAAAGUACUUGAGCUUCUUAAAGAGCAAAACUUUUGCUGAACUAACUCGGCCAAAAUUUCCUACUCCUGAUAGUCUGCGGAUCAUGGAGGAUGAGGUGCAAAAGCAGGUCUUUGAUGAACCUGGGAGGCCACAUCCAAAAAUCCACACCAUUUUUUCCACAGAAUGUACUCCUUACUUUGACUGGCAAACUGUGGGACUUGUCCACAGUUUCAAUCUGAGUGGCCAGCCUGGGAAUAUCACUCGGCUUCUUAGUUGUACAGAUGAAGACUUGAAGUUUUAUGCAGGCCACAAUCUGGCUCCCACCCAUUAUGUUCCAUCUAUGAGUCGACAUCCAUUAACAGGCGAUUGGUAUCCAGCAAUCAAUAAACCUGCUUCAGUCCUUCAUUGGCUUAAUCAUGCAAAUGUUGAUGCAGAGUUCAUAGUAAUUCUUGACGCUGACAUGAUCAUGAGAGGACCAAUUACACCAUGGGAAUUCAAAGCCGCACGCGGCUGGCCAGUUUCAACUCCCUAUGACUACCUUAUUGGCUGUGAUAAUGAGCUAGCGAAACUCCAUACAAGCAAUCCUAAAGCUUGUGAUAAGGUUGGUGGUGUGAUCAUAAUGCAUAUAGAUGAUCUUCGGAAGUUUGCUCUACUAUGGCUGCAUAAAACAGAGGAGGUCCGGUCCGAUACAGCUCAUUAUGCCAAAAAUAUCACCGGAGAUAUCUAUGAAUCUGGGUGGAUUAGUGAGAUGUACGGUUAUUCUUUUGGUGCAGCAGAGUUGAAUUUACGGCAUGUCAUAAACAGGGAGAUAUUAAUAUACCCGGGAUAUGUUCCUGAACCUGGCGUCAAGUAUAGAGUUUUCCACUAUGGGUUGGAAUUUAGCGUUGGAAAUUGGAGCUUUGAUAAAGCAAACUGGAGGAAUGCUGAUGUAGUUAACAAAUGCUGGGCAAAGUUUCCUGAUCCACCUGAUCCUUCAACACUUGAUCGCACUGAUGAGAACAUUCGACAGAGGGACUUGCUUAGCAUAGAAUGUGCAAAGACACUGAACGAAGCUCUACGUCUACAUCACGAGAAGAGGAAAUGUCCUGAUCCCAAUUCCUUAUUGACCUCGAAUCAGGAGACAACCGGUGAAGCUACAACAAUCUCUAGAAAAUUUGGCAAGAUUGAUACAAGUCGAGUCAUAAGAAGCAGCCCUGUUGUGUCAACAAAUGUUUCUCAGGAAUCUUCAUUACCUGCUGUGACAAACGAGACACUUAGCUCUUUCAGGGUUUGGAUUGUGGGUCUAUGGGUUUUUUCUAUCUUGGGUUUCUUGGCAAUAAUGUAUGUGAUGCUUGCUGGACGGAAAGGACUGAAAAGAGGAGGUAAAAAUUAUAAGACUAAGAGAAGAGCCUCAUAUUCAGGAUUCGUGGAUCUGAAUGGGCCUGAUAGGCAUCUCCGCAAUGCUGAAAAAGCUUAGAAACCUAAAAGUUUUGGCAGAAACAUACGCAAUUCAAAUGGUUUUGCAGGUGGAGCUUGCCAGAACUGGUUAUAGGGUCUGAAAGCAUACUUAGUCAGGUUGAAACUGAUCAGAGCUUCGAUACUAUGCUUCUCCAAUGGAAGAAAACUACGUUUGUGUAAUUUUGAUAAUUGGUUUCAUUGCUUUGCUGGGGGGUUCUUGUUCAGAGAUUAUUUGACAUCCGAGUUCCUGCUCAAAGAUCCUCGUUCCAAUGGGCUUUGAAUUCCGAUUUAAUUAACUUAAAGUUUUGGGAUUUUGUAAAAUUAGGUCAGGUUCAUUUUGAUUCUAUAAACUUGAUGCAUACUGUAUGUUGAUGGAAAAAAACAAACAAACAAUAGGAAAGGAAAAUGAUGGCAAAUGGACAUGAUUAAGGCAAUGGGCCUGUGUGAUAGGUAAUGUGACAUUAAGUAUUGGGGGCCCAAAGUACUUGCACACCAUAUGAUUAUGUGUUUGUCUGUGAGUAAGGCCCAUGAGAUAUAUGAUUAUGAUCCCUGAGAGGUUGCAACAGCUGGUGGUUCAGCCUAUUACAUCUUUCAACUUCUGCAAUUUCAACCGACA